CCAGCUCUGGUCAUUUAAAAAUGAUUUGCCCUGUAAAUAAUAUUGAUCGAAACUAAGGUAAACACAUUGACAAUGGCGAUGAAGAAUAUCCAUCAAGUGCUGGUGGUUGGGGAUUUAGAAUGCGGAAAAACAAGUCUUAUCAAACGAUUUAAGGAAGACAGCUUUGAUGAAACCUACACACCUACACGGUUAUUUAAUUGGGUUCCGUUUAGUACGACUGUUGAUGAAGAGUCCAUAAGAGUUGCAUUCAUGGACACAAGUGGAAAAGGAGAUUUCGAACAUACUACUGGAAACCAUUGGCGGGCUAAAGACAUAUUCUUAAUUGUUUGCGACAUCAGUAAGAUGGAGUCUCUUGAAUCUCUGGCUGAAUUUCUUAAAGAUAUUAAUGAUCUCAGCGGACAAAAGGAACCUGUAGUCGUUGUUAGCGGAAAUAAAUCUGAUUUAGCAGUGGUGAUAAAUGAAAAAGAAAUAGAGGACUUUGCAUCAGAUGUCAACGUUUUAUAUUUUGAAACAAGUGCAAAAACAGGAAAGAAUGUAAAAGAAAUGUUUACAACUGUGUUAAGAAAAAGUAUCAAAACCAAAAACUUUUCAAAGAAUAUGGAAACUGGAAAUAAACUACGAACCGACAACAGAAUAUCACCCACAACUGACUCAAACGGGUGUAGCUGUGUCUUGUCCUGAUAAUGAGCAGUGCACGCAAUUUAUUGGUUUUUAUGUGUUAUAAAAUGGCCCGAUAUGA